AUGACUCACCGACGAGAUCGUUCCAGAUUCUGGGGAUACCCCAGCGACCAUGCUUUUUAUCGGACGCAUCCUAGUAUCAUACCACAAUGGCCUCCAGAUCUAUAUGACGACAUACUGGGCACAGUUCAAAGCGGGAACGACGACAUCGUCCUGCAGAAGAAAGCGAAUCCAGCCAUCAAAAUACCUAUAAGCAAGAGGGGGGCACUACAGAGAUUUACAGAAAUGCCAAUAGACAUUCUAUACGAGAUAUUCGGUUAUCUUCACCCGAUGGACGUUCUCAACCUCUCCCGCACGACCAAAAGUCUCAGAAGCGUGCUUCUCGCACGGCAUGCUCGCGGGGUGUGGAGGUCUGCACUUGGGAGCGUUCGUGCGCUGCCUUCGUGUCCCCCCGACAUGACGGAGCCAGAAUACGCGAGUUUGGCAUUCGAUGACUGGUGUCAGUUAUGCUUAAAGCGCAACACGGAAUCGAUAUCAUGGCUAUGUCGUGUUAGAUACUGCAAGAGUUGUAUGAAGAAACGAUGUAUUUCAGAAGAAGAACUGAUGUACCGCAUUCCGAAGGGAUUGUCUAUCGAAAAACCCGAAACCAUCUUCCCAUACACCACGCUGGAAAAUAAUGGAUACCUACCUAGCGACGACGAAAACGAACAUCCACUGUACUUCCUUCCAGCUGCUCUGAAAUACAUCAAAGAGCUAGAAGAGAUAGCGCAUGCUCAUGACACAGACGCGUUCGACAGAUGGCGGGUAGAAAAGAACAAAGCUCAAUGCAAGCGGAUUACA